CCAAACCCGGCAAACCAAAACCAACCUAAAAAAAUCCCAAGAACUCGAUUCUCCAACUCUCUCACCACAAUCGUACCUUUUUCAAGAUUUGUGCGUUCUCCAAAAGCCCCAUCAGAUCCGAGUUUACCUGCAUCAGAGUAUGGGUGGUCAAAGGAGUGGCCAUGGGAAACGUUCUCAUUCUCAAUCUGGACAUUCAGAAAAUGGCACAAACAAAAGAAGGAAUUCUGGAGGUGGUGGUGGUAGGGAACAUUUUUCAAUUGACCCUACAGACACUGUAUUUCGCUACCUGUGUCCUGGAAAAAGCAUUGGAAGUAUAAUUGGAAGGGGUGGAGAGAUAGUCAAACAAUUAAGAGCAGACACGAAGUCAAAGAUAAGGAUAGGUGAGACUGUUCGUGAUUGUGAUGAACGUGUUAUCACAAUCUACAGUGCCAGUGAAGAAACGAAUGAUUUUGAAGGAACUGAAGAUCUUCAGGUGUGUCCUGCACAGGAUGCUCUCUUCAAAGUCCAUGACAGAAUUGUUGGUGAUGACAUGCUGGUUGAUAAUGAGUCCGAUGAUGCACCACGUGUGACUGCUAGGCUGCUUGUACCCUCUGAUCAGAUUGGAUGUAUUAUCGGGAAAGGUGGACAGAUUGUUCAAGAUAUUCGUAGUGAAACUGGUGCACAGAUUCGAAUCAUGAAGGAUAAUCAUCUGCCUGCAUGUGCACUGAGCUCUGAUGAACUUGUGCAGAUAUCGGGUGAUGGACAUGUUGUAAGGAAGGCUCUACAUAAGAUAGCAUCCCGGCUUCACGAUAAUCCAUCCCGUUCUCAACAAUCUUUAGCUUCAGCUUCUCCAAUGGGUUACUCUUCAGGUGGCGGUUCACUUGCUGGUGCACCAUUAGUGGGCUUAGCACCACUUGUGGGACCUUAUGGCAGUUACAGAAGUAGUGAUGGUGGAGAAUGGUCACGAGCUCUUUACGCUACCCCUAGGGAUCAAUCACAUGCAAAGGAGUUUUCUCUCUGUAUGAUUUGUCCCAAUGCGAAUAUAGGAGGUGUGAUUGGAAAGGGUGGGAUCAUAAUCAAGCAGAUUAGGGAAGAGUCGCGUGCAGCCAUCAAAGUUGACAGUUCAGCUGCAGAUGGAGACGACUGUCUUAUAACAAUUUCAGCUAAAGAAUUUUUUGAAGAAACAUACUCUCCCACAGUUGAUGCAGCAGUACGGUUGCAACCUAGGUGUAGUGAGAAAAGUGAAAGAGACUCCGGUCUUAUUUCAUUUACAACCCGUUUGCUUGUACCUACCUCUCGUAUAGGCUGUCUACUUGGAAAGGGAGGAUCUAUAAUCAAUGAGAUGAGGAAAGUGACCAAAGCUAACAUUCGUAUACUUUCAAAGGAACACCUGCCCAAGGUUGCCGCUGAAGAUGAUGAGAUGGUUCUGAUCUCUGGAGAUCUCGAUGUUUCAAAGGAUGCACUCUUACAAGUAAUUUCACGGUUGAGGGCAAAUUUUUUUGGAAGAGAAGGUGCUGUAUCUGCCCUUGUGCCUGUUGUUCCAUAUCUUCCAAUGUCAACAGAUGCCUCAAAUAGCUAUAAGUAUGAAAGCAGAGAUUCUAGAAGACAUGGACAAUCUUAUUCUGGGGAUUAUGGGGGCUUGAGUGAUCUCCCGCAGUAUAGUGAUGGUUAUCGAAAUUAUGGUGGUGUUCAUACUGGCAGCAGUAGCAGCAGGCAUGGAGGAGGAGGGUACGAAGGAUAUCACGUGGGUCGUUCUGGUAGUUCUGGACUAUCUGGAUCAAAUCAUGAACCCCGGAGAAGAAGUUAUGGUUACUGAAGGUUUCUUACUUUUUAUUCAGCUGAAGCCUGAAGCCCAUGCCUACAGCCCCCUUUGACGAAGCCCUUCAGCCUAAACCAGAAGACCAGAUGAAUGAGGAUUUAUUUUGAUGCUUUUCCUUAGGAGGACCAGUUUCUGAGGACAUCACUCCUUAACGUUUAUUCAAAAUCUCCAUUUCCUGAGACCACCAUAUAGUACCAAGCUCAUAUCUUUAUCCUCUGCAACUAGCAAGCCUUUCUACUAGUUUACCUGUUACCUCUGUUGUUUUUGCAGUUGUGUUUCUGUUUGUGAGAUUUGUUUUCUAGCAGGCCAAUUAUUAAUGAAUAUACUAUCUUGAAUUACAAUAUCUUUUGCCUUUGUGUUUUUUCUCUGCUGUAUGCUAAGAGCCUAGUUGUGUCGAGGCUUUUGGAGGUCUGACUGGCUUAGUCUAUAUAUUGUUAAAUGUAAGGUGUCUAAAUAUGAAUUAAGGGCGAAUGAAAUGCUAUUUGAUCACCUAGUAUGUUAUUCCUUCAAUUCUAUUUAGACUGAAGGUGUCAAAUA